AUGUCUUCCAAAUCUGUUCGAUUCGCAGCCCCAGCUGCUUCCCAAAAUGCCAAACGGUCCCAAAGGGACGCCGACAUUGCAACUUCAGAUGAAAAAUCCAAGCGUGUUCGACUAAACGAAGAGGAAAUCGAUGACUUGGAUGAUUGGAAAAAGGAAGAAAUUGAUGGCGAAGAAGACAUACCGUCAGAAAGAGAGUUACUGGAGGCGAAAAGAAAGCGUCGUAGAGAACGAGCGGCAGGAGUGGAUGCAGAUGGCCGCACGCAGAUUGACGAUUCAACAAGUUUGGCUACGGAUGGCAUUCAAAUCGAGCCAUUUCAUAUGAGACGCGAAGAAUCAGAUGGUGCUGGUUAUUUCGAUGGAGAUACGUACAUCUGGCGAAAGAACGAUCCAAACGAUGAACCGGAUGCUUGGCUUGACUCUCUUGGCGACGAAAGAAAUGCUGUUCCGUCAUCCAAAUCGAUUUUGCAACCACCCAAAGAUACUGAGAACACAGAAGACAAACCUGAGAAUCUAGACGGUCUGACAAAGGAGCAGUUGUAUCUUAAGGUGCUCCCUUUGAUAAACGGUACUGAAACCGUUGCACAGGCUGUGCGGAGGUAUGGCGCUGUUUCGAAACAAAGCAAGCUAAAGUCUAAAAAAGGAGAUCCGAGUUCGACGGAGGACAGCAAAGUUGCCAAGUCUUGUUUAGAUGAUCUCACCGGAGCUGCCAAUGCACUUCUGCUGAAAGGAGAAGUCGAUAUAUAUGAUACAAGACGCCAACGGAUUCUCCAAGUUCUUUCGAAGCAUGCAACUGUGAUGGAGUUUCCAAACAAGCAACAAGCUCCAACCGAUUGGGAAUAUAAGGGUAAUCAAGAUGGGCAGAUCCACGGGCCAUACACAACCCAACAGAUGAUGGGUUGGAUGCAGGCUGGGUAUUUCGUUGGGCUUCAGAAAGUACGAAUAAGGACCAUUCGGAAGAAAACAAAUUCGCCAGAAGAUGAUCUGAUGGCCGAUUUGAUGGAUGACGACGAGAAAGCAGAUUCACAAGAGGAUGCUCUAGAGAAAGGAGAGUGGCAAUGGUCAGACGAAAUCAACAUGAAAAACUACCUACCCAUACCAUAG